AUGCGUCAAGUUAUCAAAACAUUAUUAAGAUCUAUUGUUCCCAUCAUUUCAAUUGUUAUUCCUAUACUUACAACAUUCACACUCAUUGAAACUACAAACAAUUCACAAUUUAGUAAAGAUAUCUAUGCUUUAAAAGUUGAUUUUAGAAAUGUUUCAUUUUAUAAUUUUGUUCAACCUCAAAGAGACUUCUGGCAAUGGUCCAGAAAUUUAACAUUAGAAGAUUCUGGUCUUAGUGAAAUUUAUACAUUUGGAUUAAGAGGUUAUUGUAAAGGUUAUAUUGAUCAAUUUACUGAUGAUUAUACAACAACUUAUUGUUCUGGAAUAAAUACAACUUAUGAUCAAAUGAAUCCUGAAUCUAUUUGGUAUCAAGAUAUAUAUGAUAUUGGUGAUCAAAAUCCAUUAAAUCAAAAUCAAACUUGGUUUUUGAAAUUCCCAUUACAUGUUCCAAAUUUCACUGGUGCUUAUUAUAAGAGAUCUUUAAAAAUUAGUUAUUAUGGUAUAUUAGUUGGUGAUAUAUUAUCAGCCAUUGCAAGUGUGAUUUAUAUCAUUAGAUUCAUUAAUCCUUUUUAUUUACAAGGUCCAUUAAUUCAAGCUAUUGGAUCUCUUGUAUCAAUUUUUUCAUUGAUUGCAUUUCUUGCAGGUGGUGGUGUUGCAACUAAAUUAUUUGCAGAUACAAAAUUAGGUUUUAAAAGAGGAUCAGGUAUAUAUAGGAUCUUGGGUACUUGGGGUAGUACAAAAUUUUGGUUAUUUUUAUGGUUUGCAAUAAGUUUACAAGUUGUUAUGUUAUUUUGGAUUAUUAUAAUGGGAUGUCUUGUUGAUGAUACAGAAGAAUAUUUGAUAAGGGUGGAUGAUGCUCAAAAGAAGAGAGCUCGGAAGAAAAGAAAAGCCACUGAUCCUUUUGAUUUGGAAAAACAAGAAUUUUCAUUUCCUAAAGAGAAGAAGAAGUCAGAUUCCAAAGGAAAGAAAAAUUCAAAGUCAAGUUAUAAAUGA